AUGACCUCCGCCACGCUGUCCUCAGCCCCCAACAUGACCUCCGCCACGCUGUCCCCAGCCCCCAACAAGACCUCCGCCACGCUGUCCCCAGCCCCCAACAUGACCUCCGCUACACGCUGUCCCCAGCCUCCAACAAGAACUCCGCCACGCUGUCCCCAGCCCCCAACAAGACCUCCGCCACGCUGUCCCCAGCCCCCAACAAGACCUCCGCCACGCUGUCCCCAGCCCCCAACAAGACCUCGGCUACAUUGUCCCCAGCCCCCAACAAGACCUCCGCUACAUUGUCCCCAGCCCCCAACAAGACCUCCGCCACGCUGUCCUCAGCCCCCAACAAGACCUCCGCUACGCGCUGUCCCCAGCCCCCAACAAGACCUCCGCCACGCUGUCCCCAGCCCCCAACAAGACCUCCGCCACGCUGUCCCCAGCCCCCAACAAGACCUCCGCUACGCUGUCCCCAGCCCCCAACAAGACCUCCGCCACGCUGUCCCCAGCCCCCAACAAGACCUCUGCUACGCUGUCUCCAGCCCCCAACAAGACCUCCGCCACGCUGUCCCCAGCCCCCAACAAGACCUCCGCCACGCUGUCCCCAGCCCCCAACAAGACCUCUGCUACGCUGUCUCCAGCCCCCAACAAGACCUCCGCCACGCUGUCCCCAGCCCCCAACAAGACCUCCGCCACGCUGUCCCCAGCCCCCAACAAGACCUCCGCUACGCUGUCCCCAGCCCCCAACAAGACCUCCGCUACGCUGUCCCCAGCCCCCAACAAGACCUCCACUACGCUGUCCCCAGCCCCCAACAAGACCUCCGCCACGCUGUCCCCAGCCCCCAACAAGACCUCUGCUACGCUGUCUCCAGCCCCCAACAAGACCUCCGCCACGCUGUCCCCAGCCCCCAACAUGACCUCCGCUAUGCUGUCCCCAGCCCCCAACAAGACCUCCGCCACGCUGUCCCCAGCCCCCAACAAGACCUCCGCCACGCUGUCCCCAGCCCCCAACAAGACCUCCGCCACGCUGUCCCCAGCCCCCAACAAGACCUCUGCUACGCUGUCUCCAGCCCCCAACAAGACCUCCGCCACGCUGUCCCCAGCCCCCAACAAGACCUCCGCCACGCUGUCCCCAGCCCCCAACAAGACCUCUGCUACGCUGUCUCCAGCCCCCAACAAGACCUCCGCCACGCUGUCCCCAGCCCCCAACAAGACCUCCGCCACGCUGUCCCCAGCCCCCAACAAGACCUCCGCCACGCUGUCCCCAGCCCCCAACAAGACCUCCGCCACGCUGUCUCCAGCCCCCAACAAGACCUCUGCUACGCUGUCCCCAGCCCCCAACAAGACCUCCGCCACGCUGUCCCCAGCCCCCAACAAGACCUCCGCCACGCUGUCCCCAGCCCCCAACAAGACCUCCACUACGCUGUCCCCAGCCCCCAACAAGACCUUGAUUCUUCCCUGAAGUUGGAGAGUUGGUCAGAGCACAGGACUUAUCUGAGGACACUUCCCUCGUCUGUGGGAGCCCCGGACUCCUCUUCCAACUUAUCAGACUGA